AUGUCUGCCGGGGGAGAGCACCUGAAGGAUGAAGGCACACGGCGACAAGUCGUCCUCGCGGGCGGGAUAGCUGGCCUUAUAUCCCGAUUCUGCAUCGCCCCACUAGACGUCGUGAAAAUCCGCCUGCAACUACAAAUCCAUUCUCUCUCCGACCCAACCUCGCACGCCCACAUCACGGGGCCAGUCUACAAGGGCACCCUUUCUACAAUCAAGACCAUCCUUCGCGAAGAGGGCCUCACAGGACUAUGGAAGGGCAACAUACCCGCAGAACUACUGUACGUCUGUUACGGCGGUAUCCAGUUUACGACAUACCGCACAACAACACAGCUUCUCGCGCAGCUCGAUCCGCACCGACUCCCGCAGCCGAUUGAGUCGUUCAUAUCCGGCGCCUUGGGCGGCGGGAUCGCUACGGCGGCCACGUACCCUCUUGAUCUAUUGAGAACGCGGUUUGCGGCACAGGGAUCUGGCGACAAUCGCGUCUACGAGUCGCUUUUUGCGUCUCUUAGGGAUAUUGCGAAGACUGAGGGGACUGUGGGGUUCUUUCGGGGGUGCAGUGCCGCCGUCGGACAAAUUGUGCCGUAUAUGGGAUUAUUCUUUGCGACCUAUGAGGCGCUGAGACCGGUUAUGGCGACUGCGCCUGAACUAUCGCCGAUUCCCUUACCGCCUGGGUCUGGGGACGCGGCGGCCGGCAUUGUCGCCAGUGUUCUCGCGAAGACGGGUGUGUUCCCGCUUGAUUUGGUGCGGAAACGGUUACAGGUUCAGGGUCCGACGCGCGCGUUAUACGUACAUCGCAAUAUACCCGAGUAUCGCGGGGUCUUCAACACCAUGGGCUUAAUAUUCAGGACGCAAGGCCUACGUGGCCUGUACCGCGGUUUGACUGUGAGCUUGGUCAAAGCUGCCCCGGCAAGCGCGGUCACCAUGUGGACGUACGAAAGAGCUCUGAAGCUUCUCCGGGAACAUGAGAUAGCUGCUGGUCGUGACGAGUAG